AUGGGUGUGGUGGCUGACAUGGAGAAGGCCAAGGUGGCACAGAUGGAGUCGUCGACGGCACUGAAGAUCCUCAAGGUGGUGGACACGGCCAUGACGGUCGGCAAGCACGCCCUGCACUACGGGUUCAUCCCCCUCAUCAUCGGCCUCGGCUACUACAACACCCCGGCUCCGCAGCGUCCGGGCCUGCACAAGGUCUUCCUCCCGUUCUAG